UAGCCCGCUCGAGUUUCAAUGCGCGUUGUUGCUGUACGAAGCUGAGUCCUAUACAGCGCCCGCAGUUCUCCCGAUCAUGGCUUCUUCGAGUUCCUUCACCUACUAUUGUCCUCCAUCUUCCUCCCCUGUCUGGUCAGAACCUCUGUACAGUCUGAGACCUGAGCACGCGCGGGAACGGUUGCAAGACGACUCAGUGGAAACAGUCACGUCCAUUGAACAGGCCAAAGUAGAAGAGAAGAUCCAGGAAGUGUUCAGUUCUUACAAGUUUAACCACCUUGUACCAAGGCUCAUUUUGCAGAGGGAGAAGCACUUCCAUUAUCUGAAAAGAGGCCUUCGACAGCUGACAGAUGCCUAUGAGUGUCUGGACGCCAGCCGCCCCUGGCUCUGCUACUGGAUCCUGCACAGCCUGGAACUCCUCGAUGAACCCAUCCCCCAAGUAGUGGCCACAGAUGUAUGUCAGUUCCUGGAGCUGUGUCAAAGCCCAGAAGGUGGCUUUGGAGGAGGCCCUGGUCAGUACCCACACCUCGCACCCACAUACGCAGCUGUCAACGCGCUGUGCAUCAUUGGCACCGAGGAAGCCUACAACGUCAUUAACAGAGAGAAGCUCCUUCAGUAUUUGUACUCCCUAAAGCAACCCGAUGGCUCUUUCCUCAUGCACGUCGGAGGUGAGGUGGACGUGAGGAGUGCGUACUGUGCCGCCUCGGUAGCCUCUCUCACCAACAUCAUCACUCCAGACCUCUUUGAAGGCACUGCCGAAUGGAUAGCAAGGUGCCAGAACUGGGAAGGUGGCAUUGGCGGAGUGCCAGGGAUGGAAGCCCACGGCGGCUACACCUUCUGUGGCUUGGCUGCACUGGUGAUCCUCAAGAAGGAACGCUCUUUGAACCUGAAGAGCUUGCUACAAUGGGUGACCAGCCGGCAGAUGCGAUUUGAAGGAGGAUUUCAGGGCCGCUGCAACAAGCUGGUGGAUGGCUGCUACUCCUUCUGGCAGGCAGGCCUCCUGCCCCUGCUACACCGAGCGCUGCACGCCCAAGGUGACCCUGCCCUCAGCAUGAGUCACUGGAUGUUCCAUCAGCAGGCCCUGCAGGAGUACAUCUUGAUGUGCUGCCAGUGCCCAGCCGGGGGUCUGCUGGACAAACCUGGCAAGUCCCGUGACUUCUACCACACCUGCUACUGCCUGAGUGGCUUAUCCAUCGCCCAGCAUUUCGGAAGCGGAGCCAUGCUGCACGAUGUGGUCAUGGGCGUGCCCGAAAAUGCCCUGCAGCCCACUCACCCCGUGUACAACAUUGGACCCGACAAGGUGAUCCAGGCCACCACACACUUUCUGCAGAAGCCAGUCCCGGGCUUUGAGGAAUACGAAGAUGAGGUGACUGCGGAUCCUGCCACCGACUAGAGGACCCCAUGGCUCACCCAGCUCCCCUGUCAGACAAGGUUUUUCCGUUUGGGUAGCACGCUCUGUACUACAUGAGCCUUGGCCACUGUGGAGUUGUGGUUUCUUUGUCCUUUCCUGUUAAACAAAACAAAGCCAUCAGCUCUCGGUUUGGAAUACACAGUGGUGUGAUUUUUAAAAUUAUUUUCAUACCUAUCAAACCAAAACUCUGGGAGCCCAUGUAGUGGGGUUGGAGAGCAGUGCAUGCUGGGAAGCAGCAGCCUCUCCAGGCAGCCAGCAGCCUGGCCUUCCACGCUGACAUAGAGGCUUGUCUGAGGAUCUCAGCACCCAGCCACUGCUGUAACUCCCUCGUACAUACCACCAUUCAGCUGCCAGACAGGCACCGUCUCUGCUGUAAAUGUCAGCUCUGUGCCAGGGUGGCACUGUGGGUCCUACCAACCUGAGCUCCCUGGAAAAGGCACUGGGCAUGCUUCUGUUUGUCUCCCUCCCUCCAGUCGCCUGCAAAGGACGGGCUGGCAACGCAGAAGGGUCUUAGGUUGCACCCUCCCCGAAACCUAGGAGAACUGAGCCACACAUCUCUCCAAGGCCGUGUCUGGUGCCAGCCAGGCUUGUUUCGUCAUAGGUAUGAUGACCAGACCCAGGUAACCAAUUAUGAGUGGAAAUCCAACCUCUAGGUCAACUGUGUGCCAGAGGAAGCAGCUUCCCCAGCCCCCGCCUCUCCGCAUCAUGUACCAGGAGAGGCCCUCCUCCAGCAGCGUGCAGCCCAGGCUCCUUCUAGUCCUUCUCUCCCUGUCCACCCACCCCAAGACGGGGUUGUCUUUUCUCAUCUAGAGUAUUAACACUACUAAGGCUUUCACCUUAACUGACAACUCAGGAUUUGUUCCUGCCCUCUUCCACUCCUAGCUCACGGAAACAAAAUCAAGUGCCAGGCAAGCUGGCUGCUGCGGGGACAGUAGCCGUGGGUGGUAGGGCAGGCGCUGCUGGUGUGCCGAGUCCUUGAGCGGCCUCUGCGCUGGCCCUCUCACAGUCGGUAGGGUGCUGAGUUUGGUCAUUGCGUCCACUGCUACAGUCACAGCAAACUUAUGUCACUGUCCCGGCCUUCAUGUGAACAGGCAGACGGGAGCUUGGAGACGCAGCUUGAGGCUUUUCCCCAAACCACCGGCCAUGUGCUGCCUCUAAUCCCUAUUGCUUUGCUGUCCUGGCCUAUGUAUUACCUCCUUGAAAUAAUAAAAGAGUAACAUUUUCUA